UGUCACAUUUUACGACUUCUACCUCCUUGUCUGCUAUUCUACGAAACUGCAGCUCUUUGCUUUCAUCAAUUCCUACAGCCAGAAAAGUCCAUGCUCAAAUCCUCAUUAAUGGAUUAUUUCAAAACAAUACACUCCAAACAGAUUUGGUGCUGGCUUACUGUAAAUGCGGUCUGCUGGGUGAUGCACGCAAGAUGUUUGUUUCUAUGCCUGACCGAAACAUGCACUCAUGGAACAUUAUGAUCUCUACCCAUGUCAAGAAUUGUUUAUAUACAGAUGGUUUGUGUAUUUUUAGUGCGUUUCUUCAAGUGGGUCAGAGACCGGAUCACUACACAUUUACUCCAUUGUUUAAGGCGUGUGCCCAACUUGGAGAUAAGACUUUGGGUUUAGGUCUGCAUAGUUGGGUGAUCAAAUUUGGGUUUGUGAACUAUGUUGUCGUAGGGAGUGCGCUUUUGGAAUUUUACUCGAAAUGCAAGCAAGCAGAGGAUGCUAAACGGGUUUUUGGUGAUUUGAGAUUUAAAGAUUCUGUUGCGUGGAAUUCGAUGAUUUCUGGGUUAGUGAGGCUGGGAUGUAAUGUGGAUGCUGUAGUUUGUUUCAGAGAUAUGCUUAAGGAAGGAAUUGUGAUGGAUCGUAUGGCAAUACCGAGUAUUUUGAGUGCUUGUGGAAGGGAAGGAGACGUUAUGAAAGGGAAAGAAAUUCAUGGGCAAGUAAUGAAGAGUGUAACAUUUUGUGACGAUGUUACGAUUGUAAACUCUCUUAUCGACAUGUACUCCAGGUGUGGGUUUUUGUAUAAUUCGGAGAAUGUUUUUAAGAAUAUGGUUAAUGCAAAUUUAGUGAGUUGGACUACAAUGAUCUCGUGCUACGGGGUUCAUGGGAAAGGGAAAGAGUCGUUGGUUUUGUUUGAGGAAAUGAAAUUCCGUGGAUUUGAACCCAAUUCUGUCACGAUUACUACAAUAUUAGCUAGUUGUAGUCACUCGGGCCUUGUAGACCAAGGUAAGAAGAUAUUUGAUUCACUUGGUCUAGUCUACAAUAUUGAACCCUGUGUCGAGCACUAUGCUUGUAUGAUAGAUCUUUUGGGCCGCUCGGGGUGUGUGGAAGAAGCAUUUGAAUUAGUGAAAAAUAUGAAGUUGGCUCCUACAGCAAGUACAUGGGGUGCUCUACUAGCUGCAUGCAUGACUUGGAGGAAUGUUGAGAUAGGUGAAAUAGCAGCUCAUCAUCUCUUUAAAUUGGAACCGAAAAAUACUAGUAACUACAUAGCCUUGUGCAGUAUAUAUGAAUCUUUAGGUAUGUUAGAUGAUGUUUCAAGUAUUAGAUCUAUAAUGAAAAACAGGGGGAUGAUCAAAUCCCCGGGUUGUAGCUGUAUUACAAUCAAGGGGAAAAUCUAUAAAUUUUAUCGAGGAGAAGUUAUCCAUCCUUCUGGGAACAUAUUAUAUGAAACAAUUGACGCAUUAUCUAGGACCUCGAUGUCGAUUGACAUAUGUGUAUGAGUUAACUUGCUUCUUAGUUUUGACAGUACAGAGUACUACUCUAGGAAAACAAAUACCGGUACUUGCAGGGAAUAUUACCCUCUGCUAAAUUGUACAUGCAGUAUUCUAGUGACACUUAAGGAUAAUCACCUCUGCACUAUGAAUCUGUAGGUUUCCUCUGAAUUUACUUGGCAUAAGCUUACAGCCUAUUGUAAGUUAGAUUGCUAAAACUGCAGCCACUAAAGAAAGGCAUAAGUAUUAUUUGAUUCCUCACAAGGUUAGCUCUUCCUCACAAGGUUAGCUCGAGUUUUAGGCUAGGCAGUCCGAGUCCAACUGGAAGCAUUUCACGACACACAUACUCCUACGAUAUAUACAUCCACUCCACACAACAAUCUCAAGAUAUCUCCAUUCAGUUGACACCAAAGAAAGCUCACAAGGGGAGGAGUUGCGGGUGAAGGGGAUGGAGGUUCUUGAGAGAGGGUUGGAGUCGUUUAAUCAGGCGGAAGUUGGGGCGGGGUUGCAGGUGUUCUAUAAUUUAGGGGAGUUACGUGGUACUGUGGAGGGAUUGGUUGGGAAGUAUAAGAAUGUUGGUGUCAAGAGUAUUGCCAAUGCGUUGGAUAUGAAGGCGAUUUCGAGUGGUGGGGGGAUGUAUGGAGGGGGGCCGGGUGGGAUACAGAGGAGUGGGACGCCGCAGAUUGGGGGUGGGAGUAAGGCCAAGGAAGCGUUGUGGCAACGGAUGAAUGGGUGUAUGGAUCAGUUGCAUAGUAUUGUUGUGGCUGUUUGGCAUUUACAGAGAGUCUUGUUGAAGAAGAGGGAUCCGUUUACUCAUGUGUUGUUGCUCGACGAGGUUAUGCAGGGUCUCAUGGAUCGAGCUCACCAGCUCCGUUUCUUACAAAGACUUAUGAGAUGAUUGAAGACCCAGUGACUGACUCUGUGGUCUCUUGGAGUCACACAGGCUGCAGCUUUGUGGUCUGGAAUCCUCCGGAGUUUUCUAAGGAUUUGCUUCCAACUUACUUCAAGCACAACAAUUUCUCCAGCUUUGUCAGGCAACUCAAUACUUAUGUAAGCACAUUAGUCUUUUAUAUUUUCGUGUAUUUUACUUUUGUUUGUACGAGUACAAGUGCGACGGGUGAGAGAAGAAUCCUGGCAUUCGAGCUUAAGAUAUAUAUUGUGUGGUUACUGGUAUAAGCUCUGUAGUAGCAGACUAGAAGGGGAGACUUCAAGUGACAAUUUUAUUUAUAAAACCAAUAUUUGAACUGUGAGGAAGAAAUUUAGAAAUGCAGCCAUCACCAUUAGUCAUAACAGAGAUAAAUGCUUCAUCCGGUGAUUCUGAUAUUAAUGUCCAACAACGCUCGGCAAACUUCCAUCCAUCAUCCCCUCAUUCAAGAGAUAUUCGUUCGCCCCUGGAGUUAGCUGCUGCUUCUGAUCAUGCAGAUAGCCCUGCCAUCUCCUCUAUCUAUCUCGACUUAGAAUCAAGGCCAAAAUCUUCAGGGAUAGACGUAAAUGCAAGGCCUGCUAAUGUUCCUGAUUUUGAUGUUCCAAAUGAGCCAGUUGAGGAGACAACAACUCAAGCUCUACCAACCGGGGUAAAUUUGUUUCUGUUCAUCAGGAUUUAAGAUUCAGGUAACAUGGAAUCGUUAAUGCAAUUUUCUAAUAUAUCAGUUAAAUUUUAUUGCAAUUUUCUAAUAUAUCAGUUGAAGCAUCUGAUUUUGUAUCCUGUUAGAUUUCUGGCAAUCAAAUUAUCAUUGCACUCCCGCGCUAUUUAUAUGAUUAUUGAGGUGUCUGCAUCUCAACAAUCAAAGUAUCGCGCACACCACUUCAAUGAGAAACAGUGAUAAGAAAUUCUGGUAUUUAAGACAUAUCAUGCUAUUUGAGUUUUUUAGUGAAUCAUUCAGGCAGUAGGCUCUGUGCUCAAUAGGAUAUUGCAGAAUGGUGAUAAUAAUUUUCUAUCUAAAUUAAGUUAUCAGCAUUUGGAAUGAUCAAGGUGGCGAAAUUAAAGUUGGUUAAACUAAGUAGACUGCUAUGUUUUUUUUAGGGUCGAUGUUUUUCCAGAAUCAACAGGCCUCUGUCAAUACCAAAUCAUCUCACCUCUUUAACAAAUCAGAGAAUGAGAUUGCUAACCUUUAUUAUCUCAUAAUCUUCCUUUGUUCUAUAAUGAUACUCUGUAUUGGAUAUUAAUUUUAACCUCUAUUUCAGGCUCUGUGUUAAAUUUCUCCACGCAAACAAAUGGUGGUGAAACUUCAUUAGAUACCAUGGUAGGAGGAAAAUGAGAUAAUUAAGGUAUUUUGCAGGAAACUAUUAACAAUUAUUUGCAUAAUGGCAUGAUCUCCCAUUAUCUUGCUUAUCUGACAAGCAAUGAACACUGACGACUUGCUGCUUCCAAAUUUGCUGAGUUCUUUUUGCAAAUAAAGAAAUAAAAAAAAAGUGAAAUUCUAAAUUUCAGAAGGGUGGUGUUGGAAAUUAUUUAUGGCAAGAGAUCAAAGGGUACAAGUGAAUAGGAGUGUAGCUCUUGAGCAUAUUUAUAUUCAGAUUAUAUGUCAAGGCCUACAGGGAAAGGUUGUUCAAAUUUUGGUGAAUGAAUCCGAGUCACUGAUUUAAAUUAGUGGAGUAUUAGGCCAAGUAUUAUGUGUGUGUCAUUAUUCUAUUCUUCCUCCAAUUUACCCUGUCUAUAAAUAUAAAACAAAUAAUAUAACAAAAAUAUUAAAAUUUUAAAGUUAGGAAGGGAGUUCAAGGAGCACAACCAGGCCCUGUUCUUGACUGGAUGCAUCGUUUACGGAUAGCUAUUUAUGCAGCAAGGGAGUUCAAUAAAGAUAUGGGAGCAGAGAAUACAUAGAACUCAAGUUUGCAUUCAAUACCUCAUGAACCAGAGGAUUCACCAUAUAUUCACACGGUGGGAGUUCCUCCAAAGCCGAGAUUGUUGAAUGAAAUAACAGGUGAUUUAGAGCAGUAUUGACAGCUUAGAAGAUGCUUCGCCGAAUAGGUACAAGGUCGGGAGGAAAGAAAUAUAAAUUCAAAAGUUCAGGAUCUACAAAACAAGGCAAGUCGCAAAAGAGGCUUAAGCAAAAUACUGAUGAUGAAGUAGAAGAACAGUUGAGCACAUUAGUCUUUGAUGAUUAUUGGAGUUUAAUCUGGAAAAGAAUACCUUCAGAGAGAAUAGAGGGAUGUGUGUAUUACCAUCCUUUAUCUUUUCGAAGCUAUUUGACUGAAAAAUCAGUUAAAAAACUGAAAAAAUGGGUAUCAAGACAUAAAGUGUUCUCAAGCAGAUAUGUCUUCAUUCCAAUGUGCCAAUCAAAUCACUGGAACAUGCUCAUUAUAUGCAACAUUGGCGAGGAUAUGAAUUCUGAAACAAAUAGUCCAUGCAUGUUCUUAUUGGACUCGCUGCAAAUCAGUGAAGCUACAAGACUUGAACCAAGAUUAAGAGAGUUUGUGUUUCAUUUAUAUGAAUCUGGAAAUCGAAAAGAAUCUGCUGAGGAAAUCUUCAAUAUACCAUACAACAUACCAUCAAUUCCACAACAAGAAGAUGGGACUAAAUGUGGUUAUUACAUGUUGUUUUACAUGUUCAAAUUCCUCACUGCUUGUCCCUAUCAAUUUGACAUUUCUAAGGAUUACCCAGGAUUUAUGACUGAAGAUUGGUUUGAUAAGGAUGAAUUUCAAAAAUUUUAUGAAGACUUGACAUCAGAGAAAGAAAAGGAGUGUAGUUUAUCUGACACAACUACAGAUAAAAAGAAAGAUGGUGAAGGAAGUAGCAUUCAAAAAAUUGAGAAUGUGAAUAAUGAUAUGCUGCAAACAACGCCAUCAUAUGAUCUAUUCAGAUCUAAUGAUGCCCUGCCUCCACUGGUAUCAUACACCCCAGAAAGUUCACAAGAAGAGCAGAAAAUAACUCAAUGCAAUAAGCCAUCCCCUUUGCCAGCAAUUGAAGAAUCAAAGAUCGAGGGUGAUGUUGUCAAAAAGAAAAAGAGCAUCAAAUUUAAAAUCAAAUCAGGGGAACAAAGAAAAUCACCUAGGCUCAUUGAAGCAAAGAAAAAUCCUAAUGACUACAACAAGGAUGAGACAAAAGUUGCUGCAGAAGAAGAUGAAAGAAAUUCUACAGAAGAAGAAGCUGAACCAGUCGUCAUUUCUGUAGUUGAUCAUAAUGAGGAUGAAGAAAAUCUGGAUAGCAAUAAUGAAGACAAGGCUGAUGAAGAUGAUUUUAUUGAAGAUGGUAAAAGCAAAAAAACAACUAAGCCUAAGAAAAAGAAGAGAAAAGCUUCAAGUCCGGUCAAAAUGAAAAGAGCCAAGAAACGAAAAAAUGUCAAAGAAGAAGAAGAAGAAACAGAAGAAGAGGAACCAACUGAGAACAUAAGAAAGCCUGAAACAGACAUGCCAAAUAAGAUAUUGUUACGUGCCUACCCGAAAACCUUCACUGAUGCUAUCCAGGCAUUGACAGAAGAUCAGAAAAAAUGGGUGACUGAAGCGGGAUUUGGCCCUCUCUUAUCAUUUGCAAUGAGAAAAGUUCCGCACUCAAUGUGUGUGAAUAUAAUUUGGUGGUAUGAUUUGACUGAGGAUGAGAUGAUCUUCAGUAAACAAAGGGUGAAGAUCACAGAGCAAGAUGUGGCUGAUACCCUUGGGCUGCCAAAGGGAGAGAAAGAAAUCUGUUUCAAAAAAGGCAAAGUUAAUAGAGACAAAUUCUCUAGAUGGAGGGCACAAUUUCCUGACAAAGAUGGAAAUAGAAUCACAGAGUUGACCGUGUAUGAGGCGAUAACAAGAUCUAGAGUGGUGGAUCUUCAUUUCAAACAAAACUUCAUGAUUCUAAUGAUGAAUCUGUUUGUAUACACAAACAACAGCUCUUUCGUUUGUCAAGAUGUUUUGGGAUUUGAAGACGAGUUUGAAAACGCAAGCCACUACAAUUGGUGCAAGCUUGUGGUUGAAUCUCUUCGAUCUACUCAUGAGGAAUGGUGGGAUGAUCCUCAGAAAAAGUACUACACUGGUUCACUAGUGUUCCUCCUUUUCUUCUACCUUGACCGAAGCGUCCAUACUGAAUACAGAGCAGAAAGGACAAGGCCUGUAUUCAUUGGUUGGAGGGAUUCACUGAUUGAGAAUAGAAACAGAAGUGAAUCCAUUGAUGGAACAUUUAUGAGAGGAGAAAUUGUUGGACCAUUGCACAAUCCAAACACUGGAGAGAGACAGAGUACUAGAAACGUAUCAGCUGAAGAACAUAGGCACCAGGAUGUAAAUCAUGAAAAUGAGGAGGCUGCAAUUUUGAAAUUGGGUAAAAACAAAGGAAAGUUACCAGCUGAAGAAUUUGUGGAUAUAUUUCAAGAAGGUGAGAAUUUUAAAACACCAAAAGAAACCUUAAGGGGAGUAGAAAUGAUUCCACAAGAUUUCAAGGAAGAUGAAACUUAUUCUGGAAUCAUGUCUGUGGCGAGAGAUAUUAAGUACACGUAUGAAGAUAAUGAAAUUAUCACUGAAGAGGAAAUGAUGUCACAAGUUGAUAAAGACAUCAAAGAAUUGGAAUUUGUGUAUGAGAAAUGCAAAAACAACUUGAAGCUGGCAAAUGACCUCUUCCCAAACCACCCUAGCUUGAAGCUGUAUGAAGACAGAUUUGCGAAAAUGUAUCAACCACAAAGUCAGGAAGAAGAAGAACAACAAAGAUUUGAAAGAGAAGGUGACACUGAAUAUAAUCCAGGAAGACUGAGGAGAGAGGUAAAGGUCGGAGACUCCAAAAAAUCACCAUUUCUUGAUCGCACAAUUGACUUCAACAAGCAAAAGAUUACAAAGGCAGAGGAGGAGGUGUGGAAUUGGAUCACAGCAGAUACAUCAGAUGCAACCCAAAUUAUUUUCUUCUGGGAGGAUGUAAUUUGCAUGAGCUACCAGAUUAAAACUUUUCAAUUCAAUGAAAAAAUAUCAACUGCUGUCAUGGAUGUAUAUGCGACAAUCCUGAAUGAAGAUGAAAAAUAUAGAUCCCCAGACUCGCCACACCGGUUCUUUUGCAACACUAGUAUCACGGGGAUGUCAUUGACAAAAAGGAACCACGUUGAAACUCCUGAAGAGGCUAAAGCAAAGUAUAGAAGGUUUUGUUCAAGAUUAAAUAUAUGGCUUCUAAAACAUGAUACAAAAAUUGAUGAUAUCGAUCUGAUAUUUUUCCCAAUCCAUGAUGUAGACCACUAUUAUGUUGUCUGUUUCAACAUUAAAAAUCCAUCAGUAGAGAUCAUUGACAACAAUAGAAUUGCAGAUGGCACCAAUGCAGUCUAUGAUGGAUUACCGGAAUGCUUGCAACAACAUUUUGUGAGCUACUUGGAAACAAGCAGUCCGGCCAAGAGUAAACAGUUGGGCAGCGUUUCAAUUGUUCGACUAGAUAUGAAAUGGCGAACAAUGUAUAACAAGGUGGAUUCUGGAGUGUUUGCCAUUAACCAUAUGGAAACCUACAAAGGCAAUGGAUUGAGGAACUGGGAAUGCAAAUUUGCAUAUGAAAAGGGAGUUCAACAGAAAAAACAGCUGGAGAAGGCACGCCAGAUUUAUGCCUCAAAGAUUAUAUAUUCACCAAUAAAUCUGUACAAAAACAAAAUGGUGAAUGAGAUCAAGUCGUUGUGUCAACCAAGAUGAAUAGUAGUGGUCUUUGAAAGUACUUGUCUUAGAAAAUACUUGUCUUUGAAAAUGAUGUGAAUAGUGAGGUGAAGCAAGUACUUAUUUUUGAAAGUGAUGUGAAUACUCAUUGUUUGCUGUUAUAAUGGUAUGGAACAGUGUUUAGAGGCACAUAUUUAGAGUACAGCUUUAAAACUAUUUGCUGUUUGAAAGUGAUUGUGAAUAGUGAUCAACUGCUAGUAAAAAUGAUGCAGAUUUUUACUCUCUUGUAAUGUCUGUUUUCAUUUGCUACAUAUUGGAUUAUGAU